AUGAGGACGCCUGAUUUACUGAUAUUCGUCUUUGGGCUUCUAUCUAAAGCAAUCAAUAUUGGACCACCCAAUGUCAGGCCGGUAAAACUGGAUUUUACUCAACAUGUGCCGCAUAUGCUUGACCUUGUCAAAGGAACUCACCUUCUAUCUACUGAACUUCAGACUGCUAAAAUGGGACUGAACAAUACUUUAUUAACGGGAAUGCCGUUAUCUAUACUUCGACAACUGCAGAAUGAAUGGACUACCAAUUUUGAUUGGGAAAAGGAGCAGAACCCUAUCAACAAAUACCACCAAUUUAUUGCCAACAUUGAUGGACAAGAUGUACACUUUGUCCAUGAGAAAUCUCAGGAUCCUAACGCUAUACCAAUCAUUCUACUGCAUGGGUGGCCAGGUUCUUUCCUAGAGAUGCUACCUCUAGUCGAUUUGCUUGUCCAGGACAGUUCAGCUAUAACAUCCAAGCACACCUCUUUCAAUGUUGUAAUACCGUCUCUGCCGGGAUUCGCACUCUCAUCUCCCUCACCUGAUGGCUGGACAACAUCUGACACUGCCGACAUAUUCAAUAAACUCAUGACAGAGGUUUUGGGUUAUAAGACCUAUGCAGUACACGGGACUGACUGGGGAUGCGUCGUGGGGUACGACUUAUACGACCGAUUCAACAGAACCGUUCGGGCGAUACACCUGAGCUUUUUGCCAUUCACGCCGCUUGACACAGAGCAGCUAGCCGCUGCGAACAUCACACUUUCUCCAAGGGAGGUUGUACAGGAAAAUAGAUAUCUUGACUUUCUGACUAUUUUGGUCCAACCGAAUACAAUUGGUCUCUCCCUGUAUGAUAACCCCGUUGGCCAACUGGCAUGGAUUGCGGAAAAGAUCAUCUCAUGGUCUGACCCACGACAAGGAACGGGACCGUCGCUUAUCACACACAACGAAAUUCUUCGACACGUGUCACUAUACUAUCUUUCUCAGUCAUUCAUCUCUUCUGUUUAUAUCUAUUACCAGAAUCCCAACGGUUUUACAACAAAUUAUACCAAAGCAAAGACAGAUGCGCCUCUGUUGUAUAGCGACUUUCAGUAUAAUGUGUUCUUCUGGCCGAAAGCACUCGUUGAAACAGUCGGUAAUCUUGUCGAUUAUUCAUUCCAAGAGUUUGGUGGCCAUUUCCCUAGCCUAGAUAACCCGCCGCCAUUGGCUGAUGAUAUCAGAAAGAUUGGGAAAUACUGGCGUACUCGCAGCAGUUGA